AUGCACAACACCUCAGAAUGGCAUGCCUCCUUGGAAUAUUUCUCCAAGAUUCACAGUCCCGGCUUCAACAAAAUCUCUGGGGCAUCUGACCCGCAAUCAUCUCCGUGUGGAAAGUAUUUUGCUUUCACAGGAAGCACGCGGAGGGCGCUGGAAGGGAAACCUAUCUCUCGCGUCUGCAUCACCGAUGGGCAAAAUCUCAACAUCAUUCAAAACCCGAGUCAAGAUAGAAACGACCAUUCGCCCAGAUGGUCUCCCGACGACCGCCAUCAAGAAGGCAGGUUUGCCGUCUAUCAAGUUGCCUGGUCCGGGCUCGAGAGCAGUGUGGAGAAUGUUGAGCGGCUGGUGGAAGACCCCCGGGGAUCACUGCAUCAUCUCGACUGGUCACCUAGCGGCAGGCAAUUGCUUCUUCUUGGGAUUGAGACAGAUGCUGCUUCAACGCAAGACUCGGAUCAAGCGCGAGAUUCUCUUGGCAAGGCCUCUUCGUGGAUGCCAACUGUCCGGACGGCGCGCUGGCCGCGGCGGUUCGUCUCGACCUACGACUGGAGCUCAGACAAUCUCCGAUCCUGCUUGUCCAACGACCUCACCAUCUGGGAAGCCGCCUGGUGCGGUGAAGACACUAUUGCCUGUAUUGUGUCUGAUGAAGGGACAGAAAACGAUUGGUAUCGAGCUCGUCUGUCGUUGCUGGAUGUGGUUUCUGGAUACGAGCAAAAGGUGCACAUCCCUUCCGCGCAGCUAGGUCUACCAACUUGCUCCCCAGAUGGCGACAAAAUAGCUGUAGUGGUGGCGCUGUGUAGCGACAGGGGCAUAGUGGCUGGGGAUAUCCUCAUCAUUAACCGAAGUUCCGGCAAUCAGCAACAAAUUCGUCCCGCGGAAACCGACGUAACAUGUCUCAAGUGGCGCGACAAUGAGACGCUGUUUUUCGCCGGCUUGAACGGUCUUCACAUCUCCGUUGGUGACGUCGAAGUUGCCUCGGCGAUUGUACACAAUCGAUGGUCUAGCAAAGAAAUGUGUGGGCAUAUCUAUCCUGUGGCGUCGCCUUUGGAAGCACGCGGGUCAUUCUCCUUGGUCCUCGAAGGGUGGAAUCGGUAUCCGGAGCUGUGCGUGGUCGAACAGGACCAUAUAAAACCGCUUUUGACUUUCGAACAUGCAGGAAGCAAGUGGCAACGAUCACAGCUCGGUUCCAUGGAAGAGCGUACCUGGAAAUCCAGCGACAAUCUGGAAAUCCAGGGAUACUUGUACCUCCCCGCUGCCGGCAAGGCUCCGUAUCCUUUGAUAUUGAGCUGCCACGGGGGUCCGGUGUGGUGCUAUCGCAACCGAUGGCCGGGAAACGCUUGUACCGCGUUCCUGGUUUCUCAAGGUUAUGCCGUCCUGACUGUUAAUGAACGUGGCUCCUCCGGAAGAGGGCAGGAAUUCGCAAGGCUUAUAUUAGGCGACACUGGGGGCCAGGAGACAAGUGAUUUUUUGGCUGGUGUUGCAACUCUGGUGGAGGAAGGUAUCGCCGACCCGAACAGGCUUGGGGUGACCGGCGCAAGCUAUGGAGGCUACAUGGCGGCAUGGCUGAUCGCGAAAACCGACAUCUUCAAGGCCUCUGUUCCUGUGGCUGCAGUCACAGACUGGAGAUCCUACCAUCUUGAGUCUAACAUUGCCUUGCAGCCGCAACUGUUUAUGGGUGCUGAUCCCUACGCACAGGGAGGGCUCUAUCAUGAGCGAAGUCCGACCAUGGCAGCAAGUCGCAUCAAGACGCCUGUGUUUCAAAUCGCGGGUGGACGGGACCAAUGUGUACCCAAAUCCCAAGCCUUGCAAUUCCACCAAGCCCUCCUCGAGCAUCAGGUGCCGUCAGCAUUAUCGAUCUACCCCGACGAAGGUCAUGGAAUCGAGAAAUUUCCAGCAUUGAUCGACUUUUGCGCGAGGACAUUGCUGUGGUUCAAUCGGUACCUGAGUUGA